AUGGCAGCCGUGGUAGACGCGGCGCCCGCGGCGCCCCUCUCCUCGGGCAAGACCAUCCGCGUGGGCACGCGGCGGUCGGGCCUGGCGCUGAAGCAGUGCGAGAUCGUCAUCUCGACCCUGUCCAAGACGCACCCGCACAUCAACUUCGAGACGGUGACGGUGUCGGUGAUGGGCGACCGCGACAAGACGACGCCGCUGCCGGCCCUGGGCAAGGGCCUGUGGACGUCGGAGCUCGAGGCGAUGCUGACGAGCUCGCCGCCCGAGCUGGACAUGAUCGUGCACUCGCUCAAGGACAUGCCCACCUCGCUGCCGGACGGCUGCGUGCUGGGCUGCGUGACCAAGCGCGAGGACCCGCGCGACGUCGUCGUCUUCCGCGCCGGCCACGCCGGCAGGUACGCGAGGCUGGCGGACCUGCCCGACGGCGCCGUCGUUGGCACCAGCAGCGUGCGCCGCUCCGCCCAGCUGCGCCGCAAGUACCCGGGCCUGGUGUUCAAGGACGUGCGCGGCAACAUCGACACGCGCCUGCGCAAGUGCGACGACGAGACCCUCGGCUACGACGCCAUCAUCCUCGCCGCCGCGGGGCUGCUGCGCAUGGACGUCGGCCACCGCAUUGGCCAGUACCUCGAGUCGACGAGCGAGGGCGGCGGCAUGCUGCAUGCCGUGGGGCAGGGCGCGCUGGGUAUCGAGGUGCGGUCUGACGACGAGACCACGUUGUCGCUGCUGAAGGGCGUGCUGGAUACAGAGACCAUGCUCGCGUGCGAGGCGGAGAGGACCGUCAUGAGGACGCUCGAGGGUGGCUGCAGUGUGCCGAUCGGCGUCGAGACGGACUGGGUGCCUGGUGAGGAAGGUAAGGGACAGGCCCUGAGGAUGAGGGCCACAGUCGUCAGCCUGGACGGAUCACAAGGCGCGGAGACGGAGGUCACACAGGAGGUAGCAGAUGCCGAAGGCGCGGAGGAGUUGGGCAAAAAGGUCGCAUCGAUUCUCGUCGAGAAGGGCGCAGGCCAGAUCCUCGAGGCUAUCAAUAAGACAAGGGCGGAGACGCCUGCGGGCAUCUCUGCAGCAGCGGCGACGUGA